AUGCUUGAAGAAUUGAGAAUGUAUAUGAUGAACAAGCUGUUCACAGCAAAACUUAAUGGAUGGUCAAGUGAUGUUUCAUAUGAAAUAAGGCUGAGGUUGAAUGAGUUAAAGCUUAAUCAAAGGUUUUGGGAGGUAUUGCCAAGUGGACUCAACCAGUUUGAGACUAGGUCAAGAAGUGAGGCAUAUGAUGUUGAUUUAGACAUGAGGACAUGUUCAUGCAGGAUGUGGCUACUUAAUGGUUAUGGGUGUGUUCAUUCUGUGUCUGCCAUUAGCUACCUCAAUAAAGAUGUGGAGAAAUAUGUGGAUCCUUAUUUUGUUAGAGCAAUGUAUAUGAAGACCUACCAGUCCAAAAUUUGUCCAAUGAAUGGAAGCAAGAUGUGGCCUGAAACUAAUUACAUUCCACCUUUACCCCCCAAGAAUAGAAGGAUGCCUGGUAGGCAAAAAACUAAAAGAGUUAGAGAUGUGAGUGAAAAGGGUGGAAAGCAUAGAGUUUCUAAGAAGGGUAAGAAGAUAUCAUGUAGUUUGUGCAAAGUGGAAGGAUAUAAUAAGAAGACAUGUCCAAAUGUUGAUAGGUCAAGACCAAACAAGUUAACAACUAGGGUUAAUAGGACUAAGGCACCAAAGGGUGAAAAUGUGAAGAAAAUGAGUGUAGAAGUGGCAAGUGGUAGUAGGACAGGAAUGGAUGGUAGGGAUACACAUGGUAGUAGGGUUAAGAGGACUAAGACAACAAAGGGUGAAAAUGUGAAGAAAAUGGUUGUAGAAGUGGCAAGUGGAAGUAGGACAAGAAUGAAAUGUGGGGAUACAUAA